AUGGCAGCAUCAUCGAAGCUAUUCUUUCGUAUCAUCUACGGGACCUUCUACACCUUCCUCCACAUCCUGCUCCUCGUGCUCCUGCUCGUCAUUCCCGGCGACAUUGUCAACCAGGGCUUCAAGCGCAACAAUUUUUACCCUCUCUUCAUCGUCAUCGGUGGCUAUGGCUUGACCAUUGUCGUUGUUGUCUUUGUCUACUUCAUGCGGCUCUACGUCAACCGGUCUGUGCUCAACUCGAUACCCAAGUCGUGGAUCCCGAUUGAAAAAGGCGACGUGCAUAAGGAUGUGCGGAAGAUGAUCGUUCUGAGCCUGAGCAGAAGCGCCGCCAUCGCGUUCGCCGCGCGCCCUCGCGUUGCGCCCCCUGCUCUGCCGCAGGAUAUUCCCGCCGAGGUCGACGAGGUAUAUGAAGAGGGGGAGGAAGCCGGGCGCAAAUCGACACAAGCGUCGGGCUUGAAGAAGGAACCCACUGUCGAGGACGAGAUGGGCAUCCACCUGCCGACCGUGUUUCCUGUCUGGGGGGAAAUCGAACACUACGGCUGGUCGUCGCCAGAGUUGCUCGACCUCCCCAACCUCCAGUACAGCUCGGUCAUCUCGGAGCUGCCCAAUCUCAUCGAGGCAAAGGCACUGACCCUGGCUCCUCCGGAUCCGAUGGCACAGACAGAUCCACCGGGUCUGGAUCCCGAAGCUGUCGGCCUCCUCCAACGGCCGGCGAACAUGGCUCUACGGGAGUACCUGUCGCACCUCGUGGAUAUAGGAGUGCUGGAGGCUCUAUCUGAUACAGCCGACUUCAUAUCGCUGUACGAGUAUGCACGGUUCUGUACGCGGCCGAUCUCUAAUGCGAGCUUCCGCGCACUGAUGCGCCAUUUCGCCGAGGUCUUGCGCAGCAUGCAACCUCUCGACCCUGCCGUGCUUGCAGACUUGCUCCUUAGCGAAGACGAUGCAAGUUUUCAGACACGGUCAGAAGGUGGUGGUGCAGAUUCACUCCAUGAUCUGCAUAUUCCCCGGAGCCACGACGACAGCAGUAGUAUUGCAGGGUCCUUCAGCACCAGCAGCAGUGGGUCACACGUCUGGCACCGGCCCAGCCAGCCGAACCGUACCCCUUCUGCCAACACCUGGACUCAGUACAGGACCGCCCCUACGACGCCCAAGAGCAGAAUGACAGCCUUAUCUAGAACGUCGAGCAUCAGCAGCUUUGCUCAGACGCGCCACCCCUACCCUGUCAGCCAGCCUUCGAGCGCGAGUCUGAGAUCCGGAGCGUCUGGGGACUCGGUCAUCCGGCUGUCAGAUAGGCGGGAUCCGGGAGAUCUACCUUACGUGCUCUCGGUACCUAGUAUGGGUACGGACACGCUUGACUUCUCUGGUCCACGGACAGCAUCAUGA